UGCUUAAUUCAUCUCUCGACUCUCUGAUCUCUCUCUCUCUCAACAUUCAUCUGUUUUUCAGAGAGAGAAGAAAGAGAUCAGCUUUCACUUGAAAAAAAAUUCAGAAAUGGAACGUGGAGCAGGCUUCAAUGGUUACCACAAAAUCCCCUCCAACAGCCCUGUUGUUACAGGGAGGAAGCUAACAAAUAUCAAAAUAAGGCCGGCGCCGGAGACCAACCACAUCAACAACAACAAUCAUUCAACCACGGAUGACAGUGAAUGCACCGUGAGGGAGCAAGACAGGUUCAUGCCGAUUGCCAACGUGAUAAGGAUCAUGCGCAAGAUCCUCCCACCGCAUGCCAAGAUCUCCGACGAUGCAAAGGAGACCAUCCAAGAGUGCGUCUCCGAGUACAUCAGCUUCAUCACCGGCGAGGCCAACGAGCGUUGCCAACGCGAGCAGCGCAAGACCAUCACUGCCGAGGACGUGCUCUGGGCCAUGAGCAAGCUGGGGUUCGACGACUACAUCGAGCCCCUCACUGUGUACCUCCACCGCUACCGGGAGAUGGAGGGUGACCGCGGCUCCAUAAGAGGAGAACCGCUGGGGAAGAUGAGGGGCGUCGAGUUUGGAACGCUCGGGGUUGCUGCAACAUUUGCACCGGUGUUUCACAUGGCCGGUGGACAUUAUCAACAUGGCUAUUUUGGAGGUGCAGAUCAUCAUCCCAUGGGGGGUGGAUAUCUGAGGGAUUCGACCAAUGCGGGCCCGUCCCAGCAGCAGGCAGCAGUGGUGAACGGUGAAGCACAUGCCCAGUAUAAAUGAGAGUAGUACUACUGCGUGCAGUUAACAACUUAGUGCUGAUCUCUAAUUUUCAGAUGUAACACUAACGUAGUUAGUGGGAAGGAUGAAGAAAAUAGGGGGGAGAGAGAGAGAGAGAGAGAGACUUUUAGUUGUUUGAAUUAUCUCAUGCAUGGAAUGGAAUAACAUGGUGUGUUUUUUGUGUGUUGAGGUACUGGUGCUGGUCAUGUAAUGCAUAAUCAGGGCUCUAUCAUGUUGAUUAAUGCUUUAAUUUGCCGUUUUGAUGA